AUGUCGAUAAUCAACCUAUCUGCUGUUAUAAUUACUAUACCAUUAGAAAGAAUAAAGACAGGCCUGAAUCGAGAAGUUAUUAUUCAUGAAACAGAUAUAGAAUCAGCAUUGGACUUAUCUUCUUCAAUGCAAGUUGAAAUUCAUUAUGGUCCAUUUGCCAUAAAUUGGUGGACCAGGCCAACACAAAAAAAUAAAGCUUUACCAUCUGGCUUUAGUUGUGAGUUAGAUGGAGGAUCGAUUGUAUGUGAAGCAACUUCUGCAACAAUCAAUCAUAUGUAUAAAAAUUUUACAAAUAAGAAAGGAACAGAAUAUUCAGGGAAUGUCAUACUAGGAUUUGAUAAUUUAGAAGUGACAAAUGAAUUAUUGAAAGAUUGCACAAAUUGGGAUGGUGUUGGUGAAGGAUUUUGCUCAUCUUUCGCAUCAAGAUUCAAAUUAAUGUCAUGCCAUUUUGUGCAAAAGUUUUGGAUUCAUUUCAAUAAACUUGGUCAAGUGUCAGGCUUUCAGCAACCUUGUGCACAAUGCAAAUAUUGUAAUUAUGAAAUAAAUACUGUUAUUGGUAAAUGUGUUGCACAUUUUAAAAUUUGUUCAAGAGUAAGUAUAACAAUUCUCCAAGGGUAUUUUGGCCCAAAUUUUCAACCCAAUUCAAAUCAACAUAACAAUUCUUGUUUACCAAUAGAACAAAAUACUGUAAUCACUACAAAACAUUUACAAAAUUCAUCAAUCAAUAAUUUUGUUGAUAGGAUAUCUUUAGUAGAACAAGCUAAAGCUGAAUUAUUAUUUGCUCAAACAAUUUAUCAAUGCAAACUAUUUUUAUCAUUGCCUGAAUUAGAACCAAUUAAAGCUCUCUUCAAAAAACUUCAUCCUUUAGACAAUAUAAUAAAUUCAGCAGAUUAUAUUUGUUUAGUAUCGGAUGGAUGUAACCAACUUGCAAUUGAAUUGACAAUAACAUUAUUAUCACGAAAUCAAGCUGUUAAUAUUGAUGAAGAUAUAAAAAAUAUAGUGCAAGAUAAUGGGUUUUGGGAAGAAGUUGAAGAAUUGGAUAAAAAUUUAUUGGAUGGGGAUAUUGAAUUUAUAGAAAAUGAAAAUGAAGAAAGUGAAUAUAGUAACAGUAGUAGUAGUGAAAAUGAAAAAAGAAAUCAAGAAUCUGAUGAUUUAUAUGAUUCUGAU